UGCUGUGUGUUUGUGUGUGUGUGUGUGUGUGUGUGUGUGUGUGUGUGUGCAGUCAAAUCCUAGUGCAAAUGCGCAGCGAGAAAGACCUCCCCGGUCUACAUUGGUUCAGUGUUUGGAGCCUAUAACCUGUGGGUCGCUGCACCGCGGUGAAAAGCAUGAAAACUGGGAUCCAGCAGUUCAAGAGUGAGAGAAAGGUGCGCACCAAAGAACUGAACCCUCAGGGCCAUCAAUAGGGAACCAUGUGCAGCUCCCUGAGCCCCAAACAGCCCAGUGGCCCCGACCUCACAGAUAUGCAGCAGUAUCACCAGUGGCUGGCCAGUCGACAUGAAGCCAGCCUCCUGCCCAUGAAGGAAGACCUGGCCCUGUGGCUCACUAAUAUUCUUGGUCUGGAAAUCACCGCUGAGAGCUUUAUGGAUCGCUUAGACAAUGGCUUCCUGUUGUGCCAGCUGGCUGAGACACUACAGGAGAAGUUCAGGCAAAGUAAUGGAGACCUGUCUGCCUCUGGCAACAGCAAGAGUAUCCCCCAUCAGAGGAUACCAUGUCGGCAGAGUGCUCCCUCCCGUUCCUUUUUUGCACGCGACAACACAGCCAACUUUCUGGCCUGGUGUCGUAAGGUUGGAGUUGGAGAAACAUGUCUGUUUGAGUCAGAGGAUUUAGUUCUUCACAAGCAGCCACGAGAAGUGUGCCUCUGUCUUUUGGAGUUGGGACGGAUAGCAUCACGCUACAAUGUGGAGCCUCCUGGCCUUAUAAAACUGGAGAAAGAGAUUGAACAAGAAGAGAAAGCACCUCCACCACCUCCAUCACCUGUGUCCCCAGCUCAGCCCCUUCCUCUAUCUCCGUCUUUAUCUCCAUCCCUGUCUCCUUCCCCAUCUCCAACUCCUACCAAAGUCAGUUCCAGCAAGAAAAGUACAGGGAAGCUGUUGGAUGAUGCUGUAAGACAUAUUGCUGAUGAUCCCCCCUGCAGAUGUCUGAACAGAUUCUGUGUAGAGAGACAGUCACAGGGUCGAUACCGUGUUGGGGAGAAGAUGCUUUUUAUCCGGAUGCUGCACAACAAGCACGUGAUGGUGCGUGUUGGUGGAGGCUGGGAGACCUUUGAGAGCUACCUGCUGAAACACGACCCAUGUCGCAUGCUCCAAAUCACCCGGGUGGGGGGUAAGAUGUCACCCAUCUGCAGCAAGUCCCCCAACAUCAAGGACCUCACCCCUGACAGCUACCUGGUGGUGGCAGCCCACUACCGCAGCAAAAAGUGAAGACAUGUGACAUGUGAAACACUUAUACACUUAUACAAGGACACAGAAGAUGACUCUUUACAUUGUUAACUCACUAAUGGACAUAACAUAUCCCUGUUUUUAUACAUAUUAUGGCUGCAGACACAAUAAACUCGAUGUUUGUGAGCAGAUUAAGCCUGGAAUCACACCGGUAGGCCUUAACAAUGUGCUUCACUUAGUUUUACAGAACUGAAUAAUGUGUUAAUCAUUGCCAUAUAAAUGAAUUACAAUUAAGUUGAUCAGCCCUACCUGGCUGCAUUUCUACAUGUUAAAUGUUUUUUCUGAAUGACAUUAAGUAAGUAGUAGAGGUUUCAGGGUCCUUAAGAAGCUAGUCUUCCUGGACAACCUGAUGUAUGUGAUAGUAGAAAGCCAGUCAACACUUUCCAGAAGAGCAAUGUAUCAUGUGUCUACUUUUUUUAAUUGCAAUUUGGCUGAUAACGUUAUCGUAACUGCCUCACACUACAAUGAAUACAGAAGUGGCUGUAGUCAGCACCUCAAGUAGCAAUUUGAACUUUGACAAAAGUAGACUAAGUGGAAACUUAUAUAUACAUAUAUACUGCUUUAGUAUUUUUGGAAAACUGCCAAACCUCCACUAGAAACCAAAUAUUGGUCUUAAAAUGUUAUGGCUUUCUCUUUAUAAUUUUUUUUUGUAUUAGGCUAAAAAAUGAAAGCAAUGUUUACACCGUUUACAUGUUAAAUGAUUAUUCUAUGAAAUGCAUUUUUAUAUUAUUAUCAUUUUAAAAAUUACUUAUUAGGAAACCUCCUGUUUUAUAUCAUUUCUAUUGUAAGAACAUGGACAAUCACCAGUAAAAGAUGCAGUAUUUAGUUCAUUGAUUUAUGAUUGAUAGUAUUACAGAUUUACUCAU